CUACCAACCAAAGCUACCUCCUGAAUCACAGUGAGUCUAUUUCCCAGACAGGGCAGAGGAUGGACUGAGAGGAAACCAGAAAUCUAAGGUUUCUUAACAUUACCAGGUUAAAAGAAAUCAACCAAAGCAGAACUCAUGGACUGGAAGUUCCUCGAGGGUCUCCUCAGUGGAGUCAACAAAUAUUCCACUGCCUUCGGACGGAUCUGGCUAUCAGUGGUCUUCGUCUUCCGGGUGUUGGUCUUCGUGGUGGCUGCAGAGCGGGUCUGGAGUGACGACCAGGGCAACUUUGACUGCAACACUCGGCAGCCUGGUUGCACCAACAUCUGCUACGAUUACUUCUUCCCCAUCUCUCACAUUCGCCUCUGGGCCCUCCAGCUCAUCUUUGUCACUUGCCCUUCCUUCAUGGUGGUGCUGCACGUAGCUUACAGGGAAGAGCGGGAACGCAAGUACAAGGCCAAGCACGGCGAGAACUGCCGGCUUUACGACAACCCGGGCCAGAAGCACGGUGGGCUGUGGUGGACCUACCUGAUGAGCCUCUUCAUCAAAACCAGCGUCGAGGUCACUUUCCUCUACUUGCUCCACUACAUCUACGACAGCUUCAAGCUGCCCAGGAAGGUCCAGUGUGAUGUCAGCCCCUGUCCAAAUUUGGUGGACUGCUACAUAGCCCGACCGACUGAGAAGACCAUUUUCACCUACUUUAUGGUGGGGGCAUCUGUGUUGUGUGUGAUACUCAACAUUUGUGAGAUUUUCUAUCUGAUUGCUUCCCGGGUGGUGAAUCUCAAGCAUCGAGGCAUCGUCCACACCACACCUAGGAGGGUCCACCCUGACGUGGACUGUGAUGGCUGCAAGUCCUCUCUUGCAUCAUAGCUGGAGACUCAAGUCUUUCUAUGCUCUAGAUAACCAAGCAUUGGGAAAUCUGUUUUUUUUUUUUUUGUUGUUGUUGUUGUUUUUUUUUCACUGUAAUUGUUCCUCAAAUGUAAGACAUCCUCAGUCAGCUGUAGCCUGAUAUUAGCUCUUUACCUCUGCCGUCUGGACUGACUGACUGGAGGCAUGAUUAUAGAAACCAGUGAUUCCUUCAAUGCACACAUAGUAUUGUUUAUCAAGUAUUGUCAUUAGACAGCCUCGAGGGUAUCCUCUGAGGGUACAUUUAUACAUUGUAUAGGAUAUAACAGACAUUUUCUAUUAUCUCAGUUUUUUUUUUUUUUGUUGUUUUGUUUUUUGUUUUUUUUAAAUAUUAUUAUGAUACAACUAUGUAAUGAAAUCAUCACAGAAUGAUUGGUCAAGUGAUGAAAGUGUAUGCAUUCUCUCCACAGCAAUGACAAUAAAGGUUUUGUCUUACUAUGAUGCAACCAGA